AUGGCAACAUCAAGCAUCCCCCUCCUCCUCAUCCUCUUAACCCUCUUCCUCCCCACCCCCACCCACGCCCACAACAGCACACACCACUUCAUCGCCACCUGGACCGCCUCCCCGCAACUCACCGAGCCCGCCAACCUGCCGCCCCACCCUUUCAACUUUACCAACCAAAGCACCACCAACGACAGCAACAGCAGUAACACCGUCCUCUUCAACGCCACCCUCCGCCAAACCGUCCGCCUGACCCUCAGCGCACGCACGCUGCGCCUGCGCAUCAGCAACGCCUUCGGCACCGAGACGUUACGACUCACGCGGGUUACGAUUGCUUUACCCAAACCCAGCGUCAGCAAUGGCAAUAGCAAUAGUACCAGCAAUAACACCGGUACCGCAAGCGGCAGCAGCGCCAUCGACACGCGUACCCUGCGCGCGGUCACGUUCGACGGCGGCGAGGGGACCAGCAUCCCGUCUGGCGCGCAAGCAGUGUCCGACCCCGCGGACAUAGGGGGCCUAGACGUCGGGCCUGGGGCCGCGCUGGCCGUGAAUCUGUACCUCCGGUCCGGGGUCUCCGGGGGUGCGGUGACGGGGCACCCGGGGUCGCGGACGCGGUCGUGGGUUGCGCGGGGGGACGGGGUAGGGAUGGCGGACCUGCGAGACGGGGACGAGGCGAAGGAGGCGCAGCACUGGUACCUGCUCAGCGGCAUCGAAGCGCUCGCGCCGCGACGCCAGCGCACGCUCGCGGUCCUGGGGGACAGUCUGACGGACGGGCGGGGCAGCGUCACGGACACGGACACGCGGUGGACGGACUUGUUGUUCUCACGGCUGCAGGCCAGCGCCAACACUUCCGCAGCAACGUCGUCCUCCGGCCUCCGCGACAUCAGCGUCGCGAACCUCGGGCUGGGCGGGAACCGCGUGCUCGGUGACGGAUUAGGACCGAGCAUGCUGGCGCGGGUAGAGCGGGACGUGCUCGCGCAGCCCGGCGUGCGCUGGGCCGUCAUCUGGGGCGGGAUCAACGACAUCGGGACCGCGGCCGCCGAGGCAAGCGCGCAAGCGGCGGUGGGGGCAGCGCUGAAGGCGGGGUAUGCGCAGCUGGUUGCGCGGAUGCGGGGGGCUGGAAUCGUGGUGGUUGGGGGGACGCUGACGGCGUUUGGUGCGCCUGCGGGGACGGAGGGGACGCAGCCGUAUUGGGAUGCGGGAGGGGAGCGGGAGCGGACGAGACAGGACGUCAAUGCUUGGGUGAGGGGGAGUGGGGUGUUUGACGGAGUGGUGGAUUUUGAUGCGCUAGUGCGGGAUCCAAGGAAUGAGUCGUUGCUGCGGACGGAGUUUGAUUCGGGGGACUUUUUGCAUUUGAAUGCAAGGGGGUAUAGGGCUUUGGCGGAGGGGUUUGAUUUGAGGUUGUUGGAGCGGGGGGGUAGGGGUGGGGGGUGUGGGUGA